CACAAAUACUUUUCAUCCCAGCUGACUUUGCGCUGGAAGGAACAGCACAUAGCGAUGGUGAUUUCUAAACUGCGCUCAGUUAGUGUUCUGGAGAUGAUGGCCAACCGACUUGGGUAAUAAUUAACUAGUAUUUCAGUCAUAGUUGACCAGCUGGCGCGCUUCAAGGAAGUGUUUUUUUUUUAUCUCCGGAGCUAAACUAACAUAGCGGCACAGUGAGCGGUCCAGCGGUCCAGUUCACUUCCGCUGACGUCAUCAGGUUCGAUAGACAGGUGUGUGCCUUUCCUAAUCAAGUCCAAUCAGUUUAAUUAAACACAGCUGGACUCCAAUGAAGGAGUAGAACCAUCUCAAGGAGGAUCAGAAGAAAUGGACAGCAUGAGCUGUCCCAGUCAUCUCACCUGAUCUGACACUCCCAUCAUCUACUGAUCCUCUGAUCUUCCAGCAUGGCUAACACAGACCCUGUCAAUGUCCGGGUCUUCUCUCUGAACUGCUGGGGGAUCCGCUACCUCAGCAAACACAUUUCUCAGCGAUAUGCUAUGAUUGGAGAUAUGUUGUGCAAGGAAGAGCAUGAUAUUGUCUUACUGCAAGAGGUGUGGAGUGAGAAGGACUUUCUCUCCUUGAAAAAGAAACUUGCCUGUAGUCAUCCUUACUCUCAUCACUUCAAAAGUGGAGCCAUCGGCAGUGGCCUGGCCAUUUUCUCCAAACACAGAAUCCAUGAGACAUUCCUUUAUCGCUACUCACUGAAUGGUUAUCCUUACAUGGUUCACCAUGGCGACUGGUUUGGAGGUAAAGCUGUCGGGAUGGCGGUCUUAAAAUUGGGCAGCCUGACUGCAAACGUCUACGUGACUCAUCUGCAUGCAGAGUACUGCAGAGACAAGGACUCUUAUCUACCUCACCGAGUGGUUCAGGCCUGGGAGCUGCAGCAGUUUGUUCGCCACACCUCUGCUGGAGCAGAUGUGGUUAUUCUAGGUGGGGACCUCAACGUACACCCUCAGGACCUCGGCAACAGACUAUUGAAGUCUUACACCGGACUCCGAGACUCUUAUUUAGAAACUGCUAAAUUUGACGGAUGUGAGGAUGGCAUGACUUUAAUAGCUGACAACCCUUUUAUCGGUAAAAAUGAGCUUGGUCCCUUUGAGAAAGGAAUUCGAAUCGACUACAUCCUGUUCAAGGGAUCUUCCAAAACGGACGUUUAUUGUGAUUUCAUGUCAACCACCAAAGGCUCCGUCCCUGACCAUCCAUUCCCGUACUCCGACCACGAGGCUCUGAACGCUGGAUUAAGACUGGAGCCACACACUCCAACUGAGGCUGAAAGUGGCAGGCAAAGAACAUCAAAGAAUCAGGACUCUGCUGCAGGGAAUGUGGCUGAGUUGGUGGACAUCGUGACAGAGGCGCGUACUGAGGUGAAAGUGGGCCUGCACUGCGCUGAGAGGAGGCGCUACACAGCAACACGCACCGGCGUGAUGGGGCUGGCUCUGCUGUUUCUGGAGCUGGCCAUCGCCGCCGUGCCCUGGUUGGCUCUGGGAGCAGAGCAGCCCUUCCCUCGCACCUCCUUCUACCUGCUGGCUGCGUUGUGCUUCGCCAUCCUGCUCGCCACCGGUCUGCUGUACGUCUUCUACUCCAUGGAGGUGAAAUCUCUUCAGGGGGCCGAAGACCAGAUGAGGCUGGCUGUAGGAAGCCUGCAAGAGAAGCUCAGGGGUUUCCCUCUGGCUCAGCCCCACAACGCCCAACGGAAACCCCCAGAGGGUCACGAGCCCAGCGCCCUCAACCCGGAGGAAUAGAACGGGAGCAGGACGGGAAUGUGGGCUCACGGAAAGAAACCCCUUGAAGUGAGCUUUAAGGUGGAUGUUUGAGGAGAGGUUUACCCUGUGAAUGUGUUAUAUGCUGUGGAGGUUUAGAUUUGCACCGCAGAAUGAGUUUCCAAAGAACGUUUCUGAAAGUAGUGCAGGACACAUGCUUUGAUCUUUUUUGUACAUUUUAUAUACUCGUCUUCAGAUUAGAUUACCCUUAAUGCACCUCAACAAACACACUCUCUGUAACAUAGUAUUUUACUGUCUGUGCUACUGCUGUUCUUUAAGGUCUUAAAGGAGACCUUCUAUGUAUCUCAAACCUAAGUCGGACCUGCAUUCCACCCACCAGUUUCAGCGGGACCAGUUGUUUCUUUUUCUUAUUUUCAUGUUCCCCUUUUCAUGACUCGACCACAAUCCUCGUAGGUCCAGACGGUUGGCUGAUUUACUUUCAGAUAGAAGCACUGUGGUCUCCAAUGUACAGAAGAAAUAAGCACUCUGGACAUUGAAGUUUUUACAUAAUUGUCAGUAACAUUUUUUUCUCUGAAGGACAGAUUGUUGUGGCUUCCUGUGGCAUUUAAAAACAACAAUCCCAUGCACCAGUUAAGUAUUCUCAGUUUAGUAUUGAGGGGAAAGGGACAAACUUUAUCAGCAUUUCUCAUGUUCACUGUCUUGCACCGGAAAGCAUCUUUAUGUAUCAUCAUGUUAGUACAUGAUGUUUUUAGUACUGUAGAAAAGGUGUAGCAGAAAGUGUGCAGUGCACUUAGUUGACUAACCCGAUGAACCACUUCCUUUUAUGUAAGAUAGGACAUAACUUAAUAAUCUAGAUGGCUAUAAAACAGUAUUAUGACACACCAAAAGCCUAACAAUGACUGAUCUUUUUUAAAGUUCAUUAUCUCACCACGAUGUUGAAAAAGCACUCAAUAGUUCUUAAUUUGGUAAAGGAUAUAGAUUUUAAAAAACACCUGAUGUUCAUUCCAAUUGUAAAUUGUGAUGGGCAUGAUUAUGAAAGCAAUAAUAAAGAUG